CAGCCACGCCUCCCCCGCAUCGCCCUCGCGCGCAACCCGCUUCAGGCGAAAGGACGAACCCGCGCUUAAAGGGACCGCAGCGGGCGCGCGCGGGCGUGUGAGAGAGAGCAAUAGAGUGCGCGAGACAGCGGGAAAAGAAAGAGACGGCACGAGACUGCGGCUGCGCAAGAGACUGCAGGAGGAAGACAGCGAGACAGGAGGGGAGUGACUGUAGCCCGUCUGGUGAGGUGUACGCCCUCUCUCCCCUCCAUGGAAACCAAUUCAUUCACCGACGGUUGUCAUAUGUCGUCCACUAAUGAUGACUCGCAAAGUGGAGACCUUCCAACACAUAAUAAGUCUGCACAAUCUGAUUGUACACCCCAGGACAGAAGCUCUACGGAGCCCAUUAAGAUGGAGUGGGAGGAAAACUCAGUUGAUGGGCAAAAAUAUGAUGAUGAUGAUGAUGAUGAUGCAGAACGUCUGGGACCUGAAGAUGGCACAACAGAGGAACAGGACCAUGUAGAAGAUAUGGGAAACUCUAACAACGUAAAAGAGGAAUCCAUGGGUUCUGUAGAAGAGAAGCAUUCCCUAGAAACAAACUCCGUAACUGAGAAUUCACCUGAAGAUUUACCGGCUGGUCAGAAAACAAAUGAUGAUGAUGAUGACGACGAUGUAGAAUUUGUAGAUGCAACAGAUUGUAAAACAGGUUUACAUAGGAGCCUAGGCAGAUCAAAGAGCUCCAAGUCAAAACGCGUGGAAGAAAAUGGUGAUCCCAGCCGGAAGAUUGCUGAAAGUGUCGAAAAGCCAAUUUGGAUAGAUGAUGAUAAAGCAGGAGAGCCUCCUGAGACGCAGGCUGACCCGCCACAAGCAAGCCAAACAGCACAGAGAAGGAUGAGACUACGGCCUUCAUUAAAGCCUCGUACUUCUUCGUCCCAUGGCCUUGACCACGAUUUGGCGCAAGAGAGAGAGACAGACCCAGUGGACAGUCCUUCCAACGCCACUGACACUGACCCUAAACCUUCAACAGGUGAUGACCAUGAUGACAAAGGGACUGUGUCGGAUAAACCCGCAGCGGAGCAAAAACGGAGUGAACGAGCCCGCCGUUCUGAGGCUUUAAAGGCUGAGGGCUUAGCCUCGUCCGAGAGCAUGCAGAUUUCAGAUGAAGACUCUGAUGCUAUGGUGGACGACCCAAACGAUGAGGAUUUUGUACCUUUCCGUUCACGACGUCCAACGCGCAUGUCUCUUCGUAACCCUAUACCACCACGGCCACCAAAGCCAUCGUACACCAAGAUGACUUGUGCCAAUUGUCGCACACCGUUGCAGAAGGGACAGACGGCGUAUCAACGAAAGGGACUGCCUCAACUCUUCUGUUCCUCUUCUUGUCUUACCAUUUUCUCCAAGAAGCCCCUCGGCAAAAAGAUGUGUACCUUCUGUAAAAAGGAUAUGCGUACCUCCAAAGAUUCAGUGGUUGCCCAGACUGGUGCUGGAGGAUCGUUCCAGGAAUUCUGUUCUUCUGCCUGUCUCUCGCUUUUUGAGGCACAGCCAAGAUCCAGUUCUCAGUCCUCUUCUGAUGUCCCCGAUAUCAUAAAGUGUAGCAUCUGUCACAAAAGCGGCGAGAUUCAGCAUGAGGUCAGCAAUGGAAGCGUGGUUCACAGACUGUGCAGCGAUACGUGUUUCACUAAAUUUCGAGCAACCAAAGGUCUAAAAACGAACUGCUGUGACAACUGUGGUAUCUACAUUUACAACAAAGGUUUGCCACUGGAAUAUCUGUUCCACGAGGGACAACAGAAACGCUUCUGUAAUGCAGCCUGUCUGAGCAACUACAAGAAGAAAAACACAAAGGUUUAUCCCUGUAUGUAUUGCAAGACUCUGUGUAAGAACUUUGAAAUGCUUUCCAAUGUGGACAAGAAUGGCCGCAUGGGACUCUUCUGCUCUAUCUGCUGCAUCACCUCACACAAGGUCAAACAGUCUGGACUAACAGGUCCUGCUCGCCCGUGCAGUCUGUGCAGACGCAGCCUUUCUGAGCCAGCUUAUUACAACAAAACAGAACGCGUUCUCUAUCAGUUUUGCAGCCCCAGCUGCUGGACCACAUUCCAACGCACCAGUCCGGAGGGUGGAAUCCACUUGAACUGUCAUUACUGCCACAAUUUAUUCACAGGAAAGCCAGAGAUCUUGGACUGGCAGGACCAUGUGUAUCAGUUCUGCUGCAAGGAUUGCUGUGAGGAUUACAAGCGUCUACAUGGAGUGGUGUCUCAGUGUGAAUACUGCAAACAGGAAAAGCUUCUUCAUGAAAAGAUCCGUUUCUCUGGGGUGGAAAAAAAUUUCUGUAGUGAAGGCUGUGUGCUGCUGUACAAGCAGGACUUUACAAAGAAUCUGGGUCUAUGCUGCAUCACCUGCACAUACUGUUCCCAGACCUGUCAACGAGCAGUCACUGAGGAGCUAGACGGAAGCACGUGGGACUUCUGCAGCGAGGAAUGCAAAAGCAAAUACCUACUUUGGUACUUUAAGGCAGCAAGGUGUCAUGCCUGCAAGCGUCAGGGGAAGUUGGUGGAAACGAUUCAUUGGCGUGGGGAAAUUAAACAUUUCUGCAACCAACAAUGUUUGUUAAGAUUCUACAAUCAACAAAACCAACCCAACCUAGACACUCAGAAAGGACCCGAAAGCCUUUUGCACAGCAAGAAAGGUCAAAAUGCAGGAUCCAAAACUCCAGCAAAUACUCAAGUUAAAGCGGAGACUAACUCGAAUGCCUUACGAAGAACUACAGAGAAAGGUGACUCUAAACAUGGUGGAAGCAUGCAGCCUGUUGCGGGGGAUCAGGAGAUGUCAAGGCCUGCUGAAGCAGGAGAGGACAGAGAUAGAUUGGGUUCGCCAAAAACUCGUACAGCACAAGUCCCUCCUGCCCCUCCUCCCCCACAAAGCCCAUCUGCUCCCCGCAAGAAUAAAGCUGCGAUGUGCAAACCCCUAAUGCAGAAUCGAGGAAUAUCUUGCCGAGUGGAGACUAAAAGCAAGGAUUGUCAGACAGAAGAAGAUUGGAAGCCACAAGUGCUAGUGCUGCCAAUCCCAGUACCCAUAUUUGUGCCAGUGCCCAUGAACUUGUACUCUCAGAAAGUGCCUGUACCCUGCACCAUGCCAUUUCCCGUUCCUGUUCCCAUGCUACUGCCAACUACCUUGGAGAACACGGAUAAAAUAGUGGAAACCAUUGAGGAACUAAAAGUAAAGAUACCAUCCAACCCACUAGAGGCAGAUAUUCUAGCCAUGGCUGAGAUGAUUGCUGAGGCUGAGGAGUUGGAUAAAGCUUCAGACCUAUGUGCAGAGCUUGCCAGUGAUCAGAGUGCCGAGGGCCUACUGGAAGAAUGUGAUCUCUUUGGGCCAACAAGAGAUGAUGUCUUAGCUAUGGCUGUGAAAAUGGCAAAUGUGCUAGAAGAGCCAGGGCAAGACUUGGAGGCAGAUUUCCCUAAACACCCUAUGGAUAUCAAUCAGAGUGUGGAUUUUCUGUUUGACUGUGGUCUGGUGGGGACAGAAGAUGUAUCUGAACAGGAUUCCUCCCGUGUCCUGAGAAAAGGCCCUAAGCGAGUUCUUGUUUCCGAAAGAGAGAGCUGCUCCAGAGACUCUCUAAGCAGCCAGAGGAGUAGCACCACCCUUAGCUUCACAUAUGGGGUCAACGCGUGGAAAUCAUGGGUGCAGAAAAAGUACGAAGGGGGUGAACCAAGCAAGGGUGACGAAAUACGAUUUGGGCCUAAGCCUAUGCGUAUAAAAGAGGACAUCUUGGCUUGCACGGCUGCCGAGUUAAACUAUGGUUUAGCACAGUUUGUGAAGGAAAUUAGGAGACCAAAUGGGGAAAGAUAUGAGCCAGAUAGCAUUUACUACUUGUGUCUGGGCAUCCAGCAGUAUCUCCUGGAAAAUAAUCGAAUGGUAAACAUCUUCACUGAUCUGUACUACCUGACGUUCGUUCAAGAGCUGAAUAAAAUAUUGACAGCUUGGCAUCGGAACCUGACACCAAACAGGCUGAUAUACUCGCGUGUAGAAGAAGAACAUCUCUGGGAUUGUAAGCAGCUGGGUGUCUACUCUCCCUUUGUACUGUUGAACACACUUAUGUUUUUCAAUACCAAGUUCUUUGGGCUGCGGACAGCAGAGGAGCACAUGCAAUUGUCAUUCGCCAAUGUUGUCAGACAUUCUCGCAAGUGCACUACAAACAGAGGAACAGUGAAAAUGGUUAGCGUCCGAUACAGUCCUCCAGCACGACAGAAAAAGGGCAGAGAAAAUACUACGAAACGGAAGCGUGAGGAAGAGCUGCCACCACCAAUGGAGCAGCAUGAAAACAAGAUGAACCCUUUACGGUGUCCUGUCAAGUUCUAUGAGUUUUAUCUAUCAAAAUGCCCUGAAAACCUUCGCAACCGUGCGGAUGUGUUCUACCUACAGCCCGAACGCUCGUGUGUCGCCGAAUCCCCUCUAUGGUACUCUGUUAUACCCAUGGACAAAAGCACGCUUCAAAGUAUGCUGAGCCGUAUCCUGGCCGUGAGGGAGGUAUAUGAAGAUCAAGCAGCGGCUAGUGCUGGCGAGGACACGGACUGACGGGUGGAGAGUGGGCUACCAGGGGAGAAUGAAAUUCUUUAAAUCUUCCUUACCUUUCCACCAUCAAGUGACUUGGUUUGAGACCUCAUAAACUUACAGAUGGAUAGUUGGGAGCAUGUACUGGUGUGGACCUGUAUAACAAAGGCUCAGCCUCUGCAGACAUUGGGACUCUGUCCCUUCUUUGCUGCCUGGAAACGAUGUAUUACAGAGCAUCUUACCACCUUACCCUUUUUCUUCUCCAUUGGUGUAGUAGAGGAAGGGCACAAUACAGGUGUCCUUUAGUGUCCUUGUCUUUUAGACAUGUAAACACAACUUGAAUGUGGCAAUGUCCCUCUCGAGCCAGCCGUUGUACUGAUUUGAGUCAAGGUACCAUCCUGUGCUAUAACCGUGCACAUUCACACUGUUCCCAGCUGCUUCCAUGUGAUGUCAGCUACUCCUUCAUUUCCCAGCUUGUGUGAUGUCACCAUGCACUUGGUGACAUUAUACUUGCCUUUCACGUUUGGUCUUUAUUCAUGCUUUUGUUUCAUGUAUGCAAACUUUCUGGAUAACCAAAUUUUCUUUAUCCCCCCACAUGGCCUUUGCUGCUGGUGUGAGUUAUUCACAUAUUUGUUGCUUGAUAAUAUCACAAGAUUUUUGCACUUCCUGCACUAAUAUAACUUGUCAUUUGAUCCGGGCACCGGCCAGCAGGUGUCCCUGUAUCCUUACACAUUUUCAGAAGGUAAUCUCCCUAUAGAGAAGAACAAGGCUGCUACUGCUGAAUGCUCCCUCCUUGACUAUGGUCAGGAGCUGCAAUCCUUGCUUAUGUGGCCUUGUGUUCUUGGAAUUGAAAUUCUCGGUCCAAGCUCAUUUUAACUCCUAACAGUAAGAUAUCCCUGGUCAGGUCUGAUGAUUAGGCCUCUCAGUGGAAGAUGCUUUUUUUUAUUAUUUUUUUUUUAUACCUAUUCUUUGGUUCUUCUGCUGUCCAAGCAUGUAUAUACUGUUUUUAUGCGUGUGCUCUUCGCGUCUGCCUCAUGUUCACACUUAUUGUGUGCCAGAUCCUGGCAGAGCCAUGUGUGAGGUUACUUUAAUUAAUUGAAAAUAAAACAAAAAAACUUUUAAGUCCUUGA